CACAUCAAGUGAAGUGGUUGUCAAUGGUGAUAGCAGGGCAAAGCGGACUCACAACACUCGAUCGCACUUCAAAAGAUAGAUUUCACCCAUUUCCUCGAGUUGUUUUCUUAUGAAAGCAAUUUACCGCUGAUUUGUUUCAAGAUUUUGAGGAACAAGGAAAAGCAGAAUGACUGCCCCAAGGAUGUAUACAGCCGAAACGGAAAAACUGUUGAAAGAAAAAGGGCUGCGAUGUGUCUGUGAGUUAUGCGAUUGUGGCGGAUACCAUCCUCACAUUGGCUGCACAAAAGAGCCACAGAAAAUGAAAUCAGUAUUUAAGCGACCGGGGCUGGCAGAUGCAAAGACUAACUAUCAAAACACUUACACUUCACAUGAUGGAGCGAAACCUCGCAAUACAAGAAAGCCACUCCCGCGCCUUAGGAACCCGAACCCUCCCCCUAUGGACUUCAGAACGGUUCAGAGAAUGGAGUUUAUCCCAAGGAAACCUGAACCACAAGGAAGCUGUAAGAUGAUGGAUAAUUACAAGCCACCUGACGAGAAACUGGACGGAAAGACAAUCUAUGCGCAAGAGUUUGUAAACCGAGGCCCUCCAGAGGUGGUGAAGAUAACGCGACCAAAGACAGUCACGCAAAACCAGGGACUGAAAUUUCAGUCGGCUACCACUCACAACCAAACGUUCACACCCAAAGUGCCCAGCCCCCAAGCACCGUUUGGCGAACUCCCUUGUUACACGGGGGGAAUCCUCUAUCCUGAGAAAAACGGCAGAUAUGACGUAACAACCUGGAAUCAAGACGUCUACCGCGGUAAAUUUGCGGCGCGCCCCGACGCCUUCAAGCCUAAGGAAGCGCAAGUGACCAUUGGUAUUGAAGGAGAUCACCUCUUACAAACGGUUCAUAGGGAUGCUUUCAAG